AUGUCGGCCGAAAACCUCGAAUACGACGACGAAGGAGAACAGGAAUGGGACGGGGAGGAGGAUGGAGAGUACGAUGACGACGAAGAUGAUAUUGAAGAGCAUGCUGCAGAAAUAGCGCGUCGCAUUGAAGCCCAACUCAUGGCUGAUAUUGCAGCCAACCCGGAAGGCACAACAUCAGUUCCAGUGUCUGUGCAAUCUCCGCCUGCUCCGCCUGCUCCGCCAAUCGCAACUUUGGAGCCACUCCACUUUUCGACCAAGGAAGAAGCAGCUACUGUCGCAACAGUUCGUACCAUCCUAGCAAUGCUUGAACAUGACACUGUGGCGAAAGGUGCCUUUGGGGCGGCCCAAGUUGCUGGCUACGAGUGCCCCGAAACGCUUCUCGAAGUCUUGAAGAAGAUAGCCACUACGGCCCUCAUACCCAAAGGUGCUGCACUAGCAAUCAGUCGAGCAGUCAUCGAAAUGGCCACCUCCGAAACUCUGUUUGGUGGACUUCGUCAAUCUGACGCUCCCUCAUUAAUCCUCAAACGGAAACGUGAAUAUUCGGCUGACGAUGAACCGGCUUCCAAGCGCGCCCACCUUACCCCACACCCAAUCCACGCAACAAUUGCUACCGCCGUUCGUAUCAUCUCAUACUCUAUCCCGGCCGGGCGAAAACUCGAGCCCUCCAUUGUGCUCUCAAUUAAAACCCACCUCCUUGCCGUCUUUCGCUUCGCAUCAAGUGUUGCCCCGAGUCAGGUAUCUCAGCACUCCCGUGAUGGCCUGACGGAAGUCAGUGGCUUUCUCCAGGUCAUCGGCGUUCUGAGCGGCAUCCAAUUCGAUCAGCCACCACCCGAAAAUAGUCUAGAUGCGACAUUAUUUCCAUGUCUAGUUGAUGCCUGCAAAGGGGGCCGUAUCUUCGUUCGACAUAAUGGUCUUCGUGACCAUGAGCGAAGGGUCCACAAAAAGGGUGCAGCUACAACCCAUGCUGUCUUCAAAUGCGAGGGAUGUGAAAAGGCGUUUCCUACACGUGAUGUCGCGCUCCAACACAAGGAGGCCGCAGAGGGAGAGAGUAAAUGCGGAAAGGCUCAGAUUGUCGAGACGACAAUAACUCUCAUUACUGAGCCUCCUCUGCCACCACUUACCGAGGCAGACCGUGAGGAAGUCGAUAUCGGAGCCCUGGGCGAAACAAUCAUGCUGGUUCUGGGUUUGCACACAUUGCUGCAGGGUCAGGUUGCGAGAGCGUUGAGUGCACCUAUGAAUGGGACCGCCGCAGUCAACGGGACGGGAGCGGGCCGUUUGGUUUCUGGCCCGACUUCUGCAUCUGCUUCCGCGGCUCCAGACCCUACGACUUUGAUCAAAAAUGAAGACGAAGCUCCUUCCCUCACCAGCGGCGUUCAACCUACACCAGUGCCAACCGUCUAA